CCGCCAUUGGGGAGGCCAAACUGCGGGCCCGCAGCCUCCUGAGGCCCGUCCUCGCCGCCGCCUUUGCCCCUGGACGCCGCACAGGAUGGUGAGGAGCAGCCGCGGGCGCGGGGACUGGAGCCAAGGCUGGGACGAGACAGGACGGGCGCGGGCCCAGGACGGCGAGUUCCUUUGUGCGCGAGCCGAGCGAUCUGUUCGGACCGUAGGCUGAUCCCGCUUUUCCUCCUCCUGCCGCCUGGCUCUGCUGGAUAGCCGUUUAAAAGUCAGCUGAGCGGCCUGGAGUAUAGGAAGGGGUAUUGCUGGGUCUUGAGUUUGAAAAAGGCGGAUGUACAGAAUCGCGACGGUCUCGGGCCUGAGGCGGAGACUACCACCUCCACGGAGAGCCAGCUUGGAUCCUGUUGCGCUAAUUCAACUUUUCAUCUUUCUCCUAUGGUAGGCUGUUUUCUGUGUAUUGGUCAAAAGGCCAUGUAGCCUACCUGCUCUUUGAAGACCACUUUUAAGGUGUCUCAUAAGAUAGCUGGAUAAAAAGGAGAAGAAAAACAAACUACAACAAAAAUUCAAAACAGGUCAACCAGUGGGCAACAGUGGUACAUAUGUUGCACGUUGUCAUCCCCAAAUCAUUCACCCAGAGAACAAGACAUCUGCAUGUAUUUUUAAAAAUUGAGGGUAGUAAAAUACAGCAAAACAAGAUGAAACAAAGCCAGUUCAGACAGUGUAGUGAAACUGGUACAGCAGGUUACAGGGAUAACAAUAAUAGAUAACGAGUAUAUCUCGUUAUCUUCACAAUAGUUGUUCUUUCAAUCAGCUAUAGCAAAAUGAAACAAAAUACAGAACAUUAUAGAACUUAGCAAAACAAUAUUGAAUAGAGCAAUACCUUUAAUCAGAAUAAAGCAAAACAGUGGUAAAAAUAUUUGCCUUCAAAGAGAUGGUAGAAGGAAAUCCCCCUUAUUUGCUAUACUGAAUAUGGUCAACCUUCCAAGAGAUGCUCAGGUCUCUGGCUUCCAUUUGCUAACGGUGGGGCAGGGGGGAGGUGGAAUGUUUGAUUCUCAUCCUGUGCUGGUAGGCUCACUACUGCUUACCAGGGGUGCAAGCUGGUUGCUUGGUUUCCCAGUGCCCUAAGUUCUAACAUAACACAGAUCUCAGGAGAUGCUGGUGGUUUUCCCCCUGGGGCAGCCGCAGCCUGCCACAUCACAGCCACUACCAGGGAGGCAAGCUGGUUGCAUAUAUUUUUUAAUGUAGAGAAAAUUUUGUGAGGGGCUGGGGAUUUAGCCCAGCGGUAUAAGCACCUGCCUUGCAAGUGUGCAGUCGUGAUCCCUGGUACCGAUAAAAAUGAAAAAGACAAAAAACAAAAACAAAAAAAACCCACAAAAAUUUUGUGAUAAAAGAAUUUUUGAAAAGUACUUAGAAUUCUUGAGGAAAAAUUAGAAAAGUAUAUGCUUAUCUGUAGCAGUAUUUUGUGGUCUGGUAGACCUACAUGCAUGUCUAGUAGAGUUUGCUCACUCUAGAGUGUGUGAUGAUGUGCUAGAUAUGGAUAUCUGUGGUAGGAUUUGAGAUAUGAAGAGUGAAUUCUGCAGCACUGAAGAACUCAACAAGAGACCUUUUUUUCUGCUUAGAGCAACAAUAAAACCAAAACAAACAAGAUACUAUUGCUACAGGCAAUGGAAAACAGCACUUGUUUUAAGAGCACAGGUGUUAACGUUGGGACAGAGGGAAAAUGGAAGUGUUCCAUGAGCUGCGCCGGCCUUCGGCACGUUUGGAGUGUGAUCACUGCAGUUUCCGAGGCACAGAUUAUGAAAAUGUGCAGAUCCACAUAGGCACUGUCCAUCCAGAGUUCUGUGAUGAGAUGGAUGCUGGGGGGUUAGGUAAAAUGAUAUUUUACCAGAAAAGUGCAAAGCUUUUUCACUGCCAUAAAUGUUUUUUUACCAGCAAGAUGUACUCCAAUGUAUACUAUCAUAUCACAUCCAAACAUGCAGCCCCAGAGAAGUGGAACGAUAAACCAAAAAACCAGUUGAACAAAGAAACAGAUCCUAUGAACAGCCCUUCUAUUCCUGAACACCAGAAAAUGCCCUGUAACUCAGAAGAACUGAAGCCUGUACCUCUUCCCUCUACAGAAACACAAAAACUUGGUCCAGUUCUUUCUCCAGAGUCUCCAACAACUGCUCCUCUUACUCCUCUAGAGCUUCAGAAAACUGACCUUGUUUCUUCUGAGCCCCAGGUACCUUCUCUUCCACCUGAGCCUUUGAAGACUGCUCUUAUUUCUUCUCCUGAACUUCCAAAACCAGCCCCUGCUGCUUCUGAACCACAGAAGCCUGUUCCUUCUCCAGAGCCACAGAAACCUGCCCCUGUAUCUCCUGAACCAGUGAAAGCUGGUCUUCCUAACUCUAAAACCCAGAAACACUCUCAUUUUAUAGACAUAGGAGGGGCACCUUCAGCCUCAUCUCCAGAGUCACCGGUUCUGUCUGCUUCUCCUGAGCCUUGGGGACCGUCCCCAACUGCAUCUCCAGAAUCUCGGAAGCCACCCCGGACUGCCUCCCCUGAGCCAAGGAAGCUGUCCCCAUCAGUGUCUCCUGAACCUUGGAAGCCAUUCCCUGCUGUUUCCCCAGAGCCCCGGAGACCAGCCCCAGCUGUGUCACCAGGUUCUUGGAAACCAGUCCCACCUGGAUCCCCAAGGCCUUGGAAAUCAAGUCCUUCUGCAUCAUCAGGUCCUUGGAAACCAACUAAACCUGCUCCAUCUGUGUCUCCUGGACCCUGGAAGCCAAUUCCUUCUUUAUCUCCUGGGCCCUGGAAACCAGCUUCUUCUGUAUCCCCUGCAUCCUGGAAAUCGUCUUCAGUCUCACCAGGUUCCUGGAAAACUCCCCCCACAUCUCCAGAGUCAUGGAAGUCUGGCCCACCUGAGCUUCGAAAGACCGCUCCUACCCUGUCACCAGAACACUGGAAAGCAGUUCCCCCAGUAUCCCCUGAGAUUCGCAAACCUGGCCCACCACUUUCCCCAGAGCUCCGCAGCCCAGCUGGCUCUCCGGAGCUCAGGAAGCCCUCAGGGUCACCAGACCUUUGGAAGCUUUCUCCUGAUCAUCGGAAAACGUCUCCUGCCUCCCUGGAUUUUUCUGAGUCCCAGAAAAGUUCCCGUGGUGGUUCUCCUGAUCUCUGGAAGUCUUCCUUCAUCAUGGAAUCUCAGAAACCUACUGUCUUCCCCGAGACCCGGAAAUCAGGUUCUUCUGGUCCAUCAGAGUCCCCCAAAGCAGCAUCAGAUAUUUGGAAACCUGUUCCUUCUAUUGAUGCUGAGCCUAGAAAAUCCUUGUUUCCUGAGUCCACCAAAACUGCCUCUCCUGCUUCUCCCGAGCCACGGAAACGUAUGCUUUUCCCAGAGCCCCGAAAGCAUCUUUUUUCUGACUUCCCCAAAUCUACUGUAUUCUCAGAGUCUCAGAAGACAGCUGAGCUUGGUGAUGAGCUACAGAUAGAUGCCAUAGGUGAUCCAAAAUGUGAUAUUUUGGUUCAAGAAGAGCUUUUGGCAACACCGAAGAAGCUUUUAGAAGAUGCUCUGUUUCCUUCCUCCAAGAAAAUGAAGAAGGACAGCCAGGAGCACUCAGAUGCUGAGCUAAGCAGCAGUGAGUACAUCAGAACAGAUUUGGAUGCCAUUGAUAUUAAAGGUCAAGAAUCAAGCAGUGAUCAAGAGCAGGUAGAUGUCGAAUCUGUUGAUUUUGGCAAAGAAAACAAAAUGGACAUGAGCAGUCCAGAGCAGUCCAAACAUGUGCUACAGUUCACUGAAGAAAAAGAAGCAUUUAUCUCUGAAGAGGAGAUUGCAAAAUAUAUGAAGCGUGGAAAAGGAAAGUAUUAUUGCAAAAUUUGUUGCUGUCGUGCUAUGAAAAAAGGUGCUGUUUUGCAUCAUUUGGUUAAUAAGCAUAAUGUUCAUAGCCCUUACAAGUGCACAAUUUGUGGAAAGGCAUUUCUUUUGGAAUCUCUCCUUAAAAAUCAUGUAGCAGCCCAUGGGCAAAGUUUACUUAAAUGUCCACGCUGUAAUUUUGAAUCAAAUUUCCCAAGAGGCUUCAAGAAACAUUUAACUCAUUGUCAAAGCCGGCAUAACGAAGAGGCAAAUAAAAAGCUAAUGGAAGCUUUUGAAUCGCCCUUAGAGGAGCAGCAGAUUUGAUUUUAAAACAGCAAAUACUUGCUCUGUGGCAUUAUUUGCUGAGAUCAUAGCUUGUCACAUAGUCUGAUUGGAUCUGUAGAUGGUAGGGUGUAUGAUGUACUGUGUUUGUCUCAUAGUGUUACAAAGUAUAAGCAUUUGGUUAUUUUUUCAUGGUCUCUGUUAUGUGGCUAUCUUGUAAAUCAAUAAAACUUUAAUGUAUAUUCCAGAUGGAUAAAACUCAUUUCUUUAAGUAUUUUUGAGUAGAGUUACAAAGGGGGAUAGAUAUUCCAUUUAAUAAAUGAGCAACUUCUAAACACCUAGUUAAAGUAUGUAUGUAUGUGUCAAUGACUGAUUUCAGACAAUAGAAACUAUGAGGUGGGCUAGGCCUCAGUGGUAGCGAGAGCACUUGGCUACCAUGUGUGUAGCCCCUGGGUUUGAUCCCAGCACCAGUGAGGGAGCGGAAUGUUUAAGAAUUUGGCAUGAAUAAAUGAAAAUUUGUUGCUUUUCCUUAUUCGUAUUUUCAAAUCAUAAGUUACUUUUUAUUUGACCAUGUAAAAUUAGCCUAUAAAUCUUGAAUAGUUUUUUGAUGUUUAUUUGCUUUCAUGUCAUGGAAAGUUGGAAUUUCAGGGUCACUGAUUUUCUGCUAACAGGGAAAUUAAGUCUUGAAAAUAGUUUGCAGUCUCCUACUAGAGGCUGCUAGGAGGAGAGUAGUAUUAUGGGGUCCUUUGUGUCCUUCCACAUUUCCAGUGGAGUCUUCCAUUUGAUUCCCUGCCCUUCACUUCCCUGCCAGCUCACCAACAGAUGAUCCAUAACUGCCAAAUAUGUUAGUUUGUCUCUCCUGUUCUUGGACCCAGCAUGCCUCCUGUUUUGGUUUAAGACCAGGGUAAUGGAUAGGAGCUGAAAGUCUUCCAAGUUCACAGUAAAAUUUUUUAUAAAUAGACCAUUUCUGUUUGAGAAAUAUACUGAUUUUGUUUUCCACAGUUCUGUUACUGUAAAUACUUUGUACCUGUUCAUGGAUUAUUUUAUUCUAAGAUACUUUGUCAAAUGUGUAUGAACCAAAUUAAAAAGACUUCUGAUGUCUGCCAAA